CCACCAGUAGGUGCCUCGUCUUCUCUUCCUGCCGCCAAGAUAAACGGAGAAAAAGAAGAAAAGAAAGGAAUACUCUGCUAGAGGCAGCAUAGAAUAGCAAGGCACGCCAAUGUGUCGCCAGUCCCGUCCGGCCAAAUGGCGAAUCUCCUCUCCUCUCCUCCCCUCUCCUCGCGACGGCCGCCUGGCCCUCGCGCCAGCUCGGACGCUGGGUUUGCUCGCUUUGGACAGCCCACAAUUAACCACCUCGCUCGUCCAAAGCAUCCAAUCCAACCCCCUCCUUGUAGCUGCAGGACCUGGACCAGGACCAGGACUAGUAUAUAAGCAUCCCAGCGCAGCCCAUCACACCAAAGCGCAGGGUCUGCUGCUACCGCUCGCCCGCAUCCCAAAUUCCAAUUGCGUCCACCACGAGUCGGACACACCAAGCUCUCAAGACAGACCACACGCCACCGCUCGCCGUUCUUGCGGCGGCUGCUGCAGGAAUGGGCGUCGUGGAGUGGACGCGCGGGCCGGCUAUCGGCAGGGGCUCCUCGGCCACCGUGUCCGUCGCCGUUGACCGCCGCACCGGCGCCGUGCUCGCGGUCAAGUCCGUGGGCGCCGGCCGGGCCGCCGAGCUCCGGCGCGAGCGGGCCGUCCUCCGCGGCCUCAGCUCGCCCUACGUCGUGCGCUGCCUGGACGCCGAGGACGGGAGCGGCGGCGGCGGCCUCGACAUGCUCAUGGAGUACGCGCCCGGCGGGUCGCUGGCCGACGAGAUCAGGCGGUGCGGCGGCCGGUGCGCCGAGGGCCUCAUCCGGUCCCGCGCGCGCGACGUCCUGCGCGGGCUCGCGCACGUGCACGCCGCCGGCGUCGCCCACUGCGACGUCAAGGCCCGCAACGUGCUCAUCGGCGCCGACGGCCGCGCCCUGAUCGCCGACUUCGGAUGCGCGCGCCGGACGGGCAUUGCCGGCGAGGAGCCGCGGCCGACGGGCGGCACGCCGGUGUUCAUGGCGCCCGAGGCCGCGCGGGGCGAGGCGCAGGGCCCGCCCGCCGACAUAUGGGCGCUCGGCUGCACCGUCAUCGAGAUGGCCACCGGCGCCGGCCCGUGGCAGCGGUUCGCCACCCCCGUCGCGACGCUGCACCACGUGGCCUUCUCGGGCGAGGCGCCGGAGUUCCCGCCGUGCCUGUCGGACCAGGGCAAGGACUUCCUGGCGAGGUGUCUGCGGCAGGACCCCAGCGAGAGGUGGACGGCAGAGCAGCUGCUCGAUCACGAGUUCGUGGCCGUCGACGCCGCCGCCUCGACGUCCAAUUCCGUGCCAGGGGUCGCCGAGAAGGCCACGUUCGUGUCCCCCAAGAGCGUCCUCGAUCAGGCCCUGUGGGAGGACGACGACGACGAUGACACGACGGCAGACAGCGCCGAUCCCACGGACAGGGUGCGCGCGCUGGCCGCGGGCGCGCCGGCCGUGCCGGACUGGACCUGGGACGCGAGCUGGAUCACGGUCCACGCCGGCCCCAGCGUCGACGACGACACCGAACACGAGCCAGCAAUGCCGCCGGAGCAGCCGGUGGCGGGCACGGACACCGACGCCAGCGACUCACCCGCGGGCGGCGGCUCCGCCGGGGAGGCGGGGGCCUCGAGCAGCCAGCACGCCGCACAAGGCAACGGCGAUCGGUACGAUGGCACGGGCAGCUGUAACGGCGGGCGCAGCGAUGAUGGAAAUCACGUGGUUAGCGAUUGCAGUACCGUCCCAAUCACAAGCAACGGAUUCUUUUCCGAUCCCAUGUCAUGUUUCGCUUGUCCCAAGUCCCGCCCAAGCUGGCCGGCCCGGCCCGUUUAUUACAGCGCUACUAUGCCUACCUUUCUUCCUCCCGCGUCGCCAUUAUUGGCAGGAGUGGUGAGUACUCCGGCUCCGACUUAACACGGCGCGAAUGCCAGCUAACGACCGAUCACAUUGCGGAGGAGGGAAUGCGGAUCGAACGGGCGAUUUUUUUCGUUUGGUCGGUCAUGCGUCACGCGUGAGUGGCGAUGGGGCUAGCGGUGGUUGCGGCUCGCGGCGCGGUACGGCCGGCGGGGUUGGUUAGUUAUGAGGCGGCGACGUCGGGUGUGUGUGAGUGAGUGAGUGGCGUCGCCGGCGGGGCCCGGCCCGUCGGGCGCGCGCGCGCGCGGGGAUGGAUGGUUUGCUCGACGUGGCCGCCGUUGGGUCGCGAGCUGGCUGAGUCGGGUGGAUGCGCGCGGUCCAGCCCCUCCACCAAUUGGCAGCCCCUGAGAGGGACGCUUGUGUGAGCAGAGCACCUACCUCGCCGCAUGCACGUUUGGCACGCGCGCCUCGCACCGCCGUGUCGGUCUCGCUUUCUGCUCCCACCAUGCGGUUGUAGCGCGAGCUGGGCAGGGCAGAGCGGAGUGUGGAUUUUGUAUCGUUGACGUCGAGGCGAGCGGUGUCCAGCCGUCCGACUUGUGGUCAUGGCGCGCGGUGUUUCGGCCGCGAGGUAACAUGCGAACCACCACCAAUUUAGGAUCUGUGGCACUGGCACUGCAGAGCACAGCACAUAGGAUCUGUACGUUUACGGUAAGUAAUAGUGACGCUGUGGCUGUGACUGUGACGGUGACGAAAGUUCCAUGUGGACAAGCGUGCCUGUGCGCGUCUGCAGGACGACGGAGAAGGGCGGGCACAUUCUGCGCUUUACGGCCAGAUUUUUCUUCCUGUGUUGGGCAGGCCUGACGCCCGAGAGGACGAGAUUUUUCCAAGUCGGUGGGCGCGCCUGGCGUGGGCAAGGGUUGCUUCACGUGCGACGAUGUUCCGGGCAUGAAAAGUAGCCAGCUUCUGACGACGUACUGUACUGCUACAUUGAUGCCAAACGCAGCUAAUUAUGUGCCGUUUUUCCUCCCCGAAUGUGCUAAAAAACUCGGGGCACUAUGUCAGCGGAACAUGCUUGAUUUGGGUGCAAAGUAGCACUAGUAGUAGAAUUGACUUCGUUCGGUCGUGCCGCCGCCGCGGCCAGGGUCGAUGCACGCUCCAGUGGCGAGCACAGUUACAUGCAUCUCGACUUCGUGCGUCCCACAUUGAUUCGUACGCACACCGGCGGCGGAGCAGUAUUUGAGCCUGCUCGCUUGAUUAAAGCAGUCAUCCUCGGGCGUCUCCCGGAAGCGUAGGGUUUAGCCG